CAGUCCGCAACCGUCGGUUUUGCCAACCAAACGUGCUUCAUUUUCCAUCAAUUGACGCUUCGAAACGUUUUCAAUAUUUUCCGAUUCUGGGAUUCAGGAUUCGGGGGGCUUGCCAGUGGGAUUCCGCAGAGAAUGCAACGGGAUUGAUAUACCAGAGGGCCAAGAAGAGCCUGGCAAAGCGAUAGUAGCCACUAGACGGAUCCUGGCUCGCCUUUUUUCUGUGGAUGUAACGGAAUUCAGUGGUUAAGCACUGGGGAAAGCCAAGUGCCAGCCAGCAUAUCGAUACUGGGCAGCGUUUCAAAAGAACAAAAAGGAGCAACGGAGCAACGGAGCGUUCGAGGACUGUUGAAUUAGUUAGAAGCGAAGCAACAACCACAAAUACAAACAAACGGGGGCCCCAUUCAACAACCUCUCGACGUCGCCGUAUCGAUUUUCCGUUACAUCGUUAUACACACACACUAACCCAGUUGGCACACAGCCAUUACGCAUACGCCCCAUAGCCACCCCAAAAAAGAGAGCGACUCCAGCUGCCAACUGCCAGCUGCCCCACAAAAACUAAAACCAAAAGAGAGAGAGAGAGAGAGAAGCUGGCUGGGAUUUGUUGCAUCUCGAAGGCACUGGAGGCAUGUUUCAUUUGGCACUCACUAGCCGCGGACGGACAAACCAUUUAGGGCUACGGCAAUAGCCAUUGUAGAUAGCAUUCAUCAGCAUCACAAAUCGCAGCCAGCCACGAGUUACACUCAUUGCGAAUAUCGCGCCUUCAUAGGAUAUACCACACCACUCCACCCUACUCCAAUCCACUCCACAAAGUCCAAAAAAGGAAUCGCAAAACCACCAGCAGCAAGGUGUUCAGCAUGGCGAGACUUCAGCUGGAAUGGGGACAGACGGCGUCAUUGGUGUUGCUGCUGCAGGUGCUGAUGAUGACGAUGAUGACGAUGAUGGGUCAGGUGGUGGGACAGGGGCCACCGCCGUCACAGGUGUGCCCGGAGCAGAGCGAGAUCGCGCCCUGCAUCUGCACGGUGAAGAAGAACGGGCUGGACAUCCUGUGCGAGACCACCGAUCUGGCGCACAUCACCAAAUCGAUGGGCACUCUGAAGGGCAAGAGUCCGAUCAUCUUCUACCUGAAGCUGCGCCACAACAAUCUGCCCAAGCUGCAGGGCUUCGUCUUUCUGGCCCUGGACAUUCGCCACCUGACCAUUCACAACAGCAGUUUGGCGGCCAUCGAGGAGAACGCCCUCAGUUCGCUGGGUACGGGACUCACCCAGCUGGAUGUGUCCCUUAACCAAAUGAAGACGGUGCCCUCGCAGGCGCUGAAGAAUCUGUUCCACCUGUUGAUUCUCAAUCUGAACCACAACAAAAUCACCGUGGUCCACAACAAUGCAUUCGAGGGUCUGGAAACGCUGGAGAUACUGACGCUCUACGAGAACAAGAUCACACAGAUCGAUCCCGAGGCUUUCCGGGGACUUGAGGAUCAUUUAAAGCGUCUAAAUCUGGGUGGCAACGAUCUGAGCAGUGUCCCACAGAAAGCGCUUUCCAUACUGUCCACUCUGAAGAAGCUGGAGAUCCAGGAGAACAAGAUACGCACCAUCAGUGAAGGCGACUUUGAAGGCAUGCAGAGCUUGGACUCGUUGAUAUUGGCCCACAACAUGAUCACCACCGUGCCUGGCAAUGUCUUUUCCCACCUCACCCAGCUGAACUCCCUGGAGCUGGAGGGCAAUAAGAUCAGUGCGAUUGACAAGGAUGCCUUCAAGGGCCUGGAGGAGAACCUGCAAUAUCUGCGGCUGGGCGACAACCAAGUCCAUACUAUUCCCAGCGAGGCACUGCGUCCCUUGCAUCGCCUUCGUCACUUGGAUCUGCGUAAUAAUAAUAUCAAUGUUUUGGCCGAAGAUGCCUUCACUGGAUUCGGAGAUUCCCUCACAUUCAUUAAUCUGCAGAAAAAUGAUAUCAAGGUUCUUCCCAGCCUUCUGUUCGAGAAUCUCAACUCGCUGGAGACGUUGAACCUGCAGAACAACAAGUUGCAGCGCAUUCCGCAGGACAUAAUGGAGCCGGUCAUCGACACCCUGCGCAUCAUCGAUAUCACAGAUAACCCGUUGAACUGUUCCUGCGAGCUGACCUGGUUCCCCAAGCUGCUCGAGGACCUGAAGAACAAGGACGACGAAAUGUCGCAGAAGAAGAAGCCGCUGUGCCACAUGUCGCUGGACAACCGCGAGUACUUUGUGCAGGCCAUGCCCACCGAGAAGAUGCACUGCGCCGGCCUCAAUGUGAGUCCCUCGCCCACCAGCGGCGGUCUGAUGCGGAUCCUGCAAGUGAACAUCCUGGCCCAGAUUGCCGUGUGUAGCGUGGCCUUUCUGACUAGCGUCUAAAGCCGCAUCUGUCCAGCUAGACGCGAUGUUCUAUGCGGGUCAGUUUCAGUUUCAGCUUCAGUUUCAGUUUCAGUUGCACUCCCCCCGCCCAGAUCAGUGAUAGAAAAUAGUGCGGUCCCCCCAGUUUGAUUCGGUUUGAUAAUGUCCCCCAAAAACGAAGACCAGACCCACAGUCCAGUCACAGACCCUUUUGUACGUCUACAAACCAUUUCUGUGUUGUUGUAUUGUAUGUUUUCUUAUAGAUUAUAGAGAAUCCGUGAAUUAUGCAACUCUGCCAAUAAUUAGACUCAGAAAGCACGCCAGCCAGCCAGCCAGCCAACCAGCCAGCCAGCCGGCAGCGCAGCAAGAAUAUGUCUCCCAAUCCACCUUGUUGAAUUGACGCACCUGCAACGGCAACACCACCAUCCAAUCCACUCCACUCAACUCCACUCAACUCCAAUCCCAGUAGCGACCCUGUAGCAAGUAGCUCGACUUGCACAGUAGCUCGACUCACAGGGGAAUGCUGAUUGAGAUGGGUCGGCACGGCAUGAGGAUUCAAUUCAAUUUAAUUGUUAACGGACAUAGCUUAGAUGUAAGGCUUGAUUUAGGUACCAGUGCACCUGCUGUGGUAAACCAAAGCGAAACUCAAACAUAUCAGAAUAUUGUUACGUUUAAGCCAGGGAUUUCGUUGUUACACGCGUUAAUCUGCACAAUCUGUAUUGAGUGCAGGAUAAGGAUCCCUACGGAUACCCAUUUAUUAUGUGUAGUCUAUCGUCUAUCGUCGUCUUGUCGUCGGUGUUGUGAGAUACAAUCAUUACUAACGCUUUUCGUAGCCCCCUCACCUGUUUCCAGUCCUACCUUCUGCACCCAACCAACCAACCAAACAUCCAACCAACCACCCAAUUAACCCAACUGAGCAAUCUAGCCAAGUCGAAAUUCUUCGAGUCUAUGUAUGAACUCUAAGUAUGGCUCCACUUUGGGUGCCAGAGGCAAGGCGAAACUGAGGGAAAAAAACACAAGAGAAAAUAAGGAAAAUCAUUUGCAUCAAUCACCAAGAACUGAUUAUGGAAUAAGUAGUUUGUACUCUUUAUUUGCCAUUAACAAGGGGCAAGUACUCCCAAUCCCAAAAUACCAAAUUAUUAAAAUUACCAAAUUACCAAAAUCCCAAAACCCAUAUCCAGAACCCAAUGAGAAACCCUCACUAAAAUCGAGAAUGCAUAUCGUUAUAUUGUUAUUAUAUCGUGACAUAUCAAGAGCUCCCAGUAGUAAAACACUCGGAUGGCUCUACAUUGCUAAGAUAGUGACAUUUUAUAGAAUUUACAUACAUUUUUGAGGCAUCUGAACAAGUUUGAUAUUUAUGCAGGAAGUGAAUUAUGCAAAUGUAUGUACCAUAUAUGCAGAGUGGAAUUUUUGAAAUUUUUUAUACAUAUACUUUUAUACACACAUACAUACGUACCUUUUCAAUUAUGUCUAUGCAAACUAAGUUGUAAUUCGAUUAGCAAUUAACACAGACAGACACCCAAAUCCGGCCGCCCCCGCCCCCGAUCCCGCCUCUCGUACCCACCGCCCAGCCGACCGGUGGCUUGGGUCAGUAGCCGCCCACUGGUGGGCGGUGGUGCAACUUGAGCGGUUGCGGUUGCAGAACCGGUACCGGUAACGGAAAUAUUUUCAAAAGAAUACGCCACACCACCGAUUCGGGUCAGUUUCCUUUGGCUAGAGCUGUUCUUUUCAAAAUAUUGCUAACAAGAAAACCCAUCGAAAGCUGGGCCUGCAUAAUGCUCUCCAUGUGAGCAACAGUUUCCCAAACGGGAAACACUCUGAGAAUCUAAGUAAUAAAGAAUCCAUGUUGGUUACAAAUGCAA